AUGGUUUCUAGUUGGGCGCUUGCUGUCACAAGACAAUUUGACCCCUUCAUGUUUGUUAUGGUCAUGGGCGUCGGUAUCUCAUCGAAUAUUCUGUACAAUUUCCCGUAUCCUGCAAGGUGGCUAAGAAUAUGCUCAUACAUCAUGUUUGCCAUCACAUGCCUGAUUUUUAUUGCUGUGCAGGCGCUACAGCUUCUGCAUCUGGUAGUUUACAUCAAAGAAAAAAGUUUCAAAGAGUAUUUCAAUGAUUUUUUCAGAAAUAUGAAGCAUAGUUUAUUCUGGGGUACUUAUCCCAUGGGGUUAGUCACGAUUAUAAAUUUCUUAGGGGCGCUAUCGAAAAAGUAUACUACGAGAAGCCCCACAAAUGCGAGGAACUUAAUGAUACUUGUUUACGCCCUGUGGUGGUAUGAUCUAGCGGUUUGUUUAGUAAUUGCUUGGGGUAUUUCAUUCCUCAUCUGGCAUGACUAUUACUCUUUGGACGGAGUUGGGAGUUAUCCUUCAUACAAUAUCAGAAUGGCAUCUGAGAACAUGAAAAGUGUAUUACUUCUGGAUAUUAUUCCGUUGGUCGUUGUCGCUUCAAGUUGUGGGACGUUUACUAUGUCAGACAUAUUUGCCCGCGCUUUCAACAGGAACAUUCAAUUGAUAACGUUAGUCAUCUGCGCCUUAACUUGGCUACAUGCUAUCAUUUUUGUCUCCAUACUGAUUACUAUAUACUUCUGGAGUCUUUAUAUCAACAAGAUACCACCAAUGUCGCAGGUUUUUACGUUAUUCUUGCUCUUGGGGCCGAUGGGCCAAGGAAGCUUUGGAGUUUUGUUGCUAACUGAUAAUAUAAAAAAGUAUGUGGACAAAUAUUACCCAACGGAUAACAUUACUAGAGAACAAGAAAUACUGACCAUCAUGGUUCCGUGGUGUUUCAAAGUUCUAGGGAUCAUUUCGGCUAUGGCGAUGCUCGCUAUGGGCUAUUUCUUUACGGUAAUUUCGAUUGCCUCAAUUGUAUCGCAUUACGAUACAAGGGAGACUGAAAAUGAGACGGGGAAGGUGAAAAGAGUUUACACGUUCCAUAAAGGUUUCUGGGGGAUGACUUUCCCAAUGGGUACAAUGUCUUUGGGGAAUGAAGAGCUGUACGUACAGUAUAAUCAAUACGUUCCUCUGUAUGCAUUUCGGGUCCUAGGUACUAUAUACGGCAGUAUUUGCGUUUGUUGGUCAAUUUUAUGCCUUUCGUUCACAUUGUAUGAAUACUUGAAAAAGGUUUGGCAUGCCGCUCGCAAGUCUUCAUUCUUUUCAGAGGCAGCUGCAGAGAAGACAAUCACUUCUCCGUACAGUACUGAAAGCGUGGAAGAGUCAAACUCGGCCCUAGAUUUUACGCGUUUAGCAUAG